CGCCGUGUUACAUUAUUAAAGCCAUUGCCCGUUACUUGUUACUUGUUAGGUUAUGUUUAUAAGUUUAAACUUUAAGUUAUGUUAUUCAAUAUUUAAUAUUUAUGCUUAAAAAGGAGAUUGCACGACGUUCGUUAAUUUAAGAAAUGAGACAGAUCCCUGAUAUACAUUUUUUUAUUAUGAUCUAAGGUAUAAGAUAAUUGAAUUAUUGAGAUGUUUAUCGUUAGUGAAUUCGAAGAGGUCGUGAAGGUACAACCGACUCAUUUAGAAGAUGAUCAAAUGUCCCGGAUCGUCAUACACCUCAAUUCAAUGCUCGCCAACAAAGUAGUAAUGAAUGUUGGCUUGUGCCUUUCGUUGUUCGACAUUUUGGAAAUCGGUGAUUCAAUAAUAUACCCUAGCGAAGGAGCGUAUUUUUCCAAGGUGCGAUUUAGAUUCAUCGUCUUCAGACCGUUUGUCGAAGAAAUACUCAUUGGCAAAGUGAAGAGCUCCAGUUCAGAUGGAGCUGUACUAACGACUGGUUUUUUUGAGGACAUUUUUGUGCCAGCAGCAAACAUGCAAAACCCUAGUCGCUUUGAUAAUAAAGACAAAGUGUGGGUGUGGGAAUAUGACAACUGUGGCGAUACAGUUGAAUUGCAUAUGGACAUCGGUGAAACAGUUAGGUUUCGUGUCGUUUCUGAACAGUUUAUUGAUACGCAUCCUGGAGUAGACAGCGGGCUUUUAGAUACUGGUGAGAUAGCAACAUCAAAAUCAAAAUCACCGUAUUCAAUUGUUGGCACAGUAAGAGAACCUGGUUUAGGAGUAAUUGGAUGGUGGACAAAUUUAUGAAUUGUUAAAUGGUAAAUAGAAAUCAAUUGUAUUAUAUUUUAUUAAUAAAACUAUGUGUCUAUUAUAAUCAAACAAUAA